CUGCAGGCACUGAUGGCUCGGCUGUCUCCGGCGCAAACGGAAUCCUAGAGCUCCGCUACUCAGUUGUGCGUGUCGAGAAUUUAAAAGAAUGAUCAAAUCACCUCUCAUGGUGACAGAACUACAAGAAUCGAAGCUGCUUUUGUGUGUAGAAGCUCUUGCUUCAAAGCAAUUUCUGCACUUCAGAAGAUCCGGAACUUGCUGUUGUUUGCAGCUAUAAUCGAUGAUAUUCCUGCUAGAAGUCCUGGCACAUAAAGAAGAGUUGUGUUCAGUGGACAAUGCUCAGAGACACUAUGAAGUCCUGGAGUGACAGCCAGACAGACAUUUACAGCAGUGACCAAGAAGAGGAAGAAGAAAUGAUCUUUGGAGAAAAUGAAGAUGAUUUGGAAGAGAUGAUGGAUUUAAGUGACUUGCCUACCUCACUCUUUGCUUGCAGUGUGCCAGAAGCUGUGUUUGAGGUACAAGAAGAAAAGGAAAGAUUCGAAGCACUUUUCACAAUCUAUGAUAAUCAAGUGACAUUCCAGUUGUUUAAAAGCUUUAGAAGAGUAAGGAUAAAUUUCAGCACCCCAGAGGCAGCAGCGAGAGCACGGAUAGAAUUGCAUGAGACAGACAUCAGUGGGAAAAAGCUGAAGCUGUAUUUUGCACAGGUCCAGGUGUCCAGUGAAGUAGGAGACAAGUCCUACCUCCUUCCCCCAGAACCUGUCAAACAGUUCCUGAUAUCGCCUCCUGCAUCUCCACCAGUUGGGUGGAAGCAGAGUGAAGAUGCAACUCCUGGAAUAAACUAUGACUUACUCUGUGCUGUUUCCAAACUGGGUCCAGGGGAGAAAUACGAGCUUCAUGCAGGAACGGAGUCUACUCCUAGUGUAGUCGUUCACAUUUGUGAAAGUGAAACGGAGGAGGAGGAGGAGAUGAAAAAUCCCAAACAGAAAAUCCUGCAGACAAGGCGCCCAGAUCCUAACAAUCCAACAAUACUAAAUGAAUCUAAAACAUUUGAUUGUACACAGGAGGUAGGGGGUACCAUGCACUGCUAAGUCUUGUGAUGCUGUAAACAAUAUCUAUAUGAGGAUAUUAAAUUAAUACAUGUAUUGAUGUCUGCAUUGCUGCAUUAUAUAUGGCAGCGGGAGAUUUUACUUGUAGUUGUCUCUCAUGUUCAAGUUCUUAGAUGCCAAUAUUCUAAACAGCACUUUAAUAUUAAAGGACUAACCCCCCAAAUGUAGCAAAUCCACCAGAUUUAAAAUAAUGGCAAAGCAAGAGUUUGGGGUUUUUUUGAAGAUAUGUUACCAUUUUCUUGAUAUUGUAUAGCACGAUGUACCAAAUGCUAAAACAAUAUCUUAUCAGUACCAGCUAUAAUGUUGGUUACAAAAUAGUUUCUUCUGUAACAGUCAAAUGUGGUAUUUUUUGUGCUGGUACAACAGCUUCUAAUUAAUAUAUUGAUUAAAUAUAAGUGUAAUAUACAGUGUACACUAAAAUUCCUACACAGAUUGGCCCAUUUUUGAACAUGUUCCGGUUACUUUUCUCAGAAAUGCCAAAUACUUUUUAUUUUAAAGGUACCUUUAUGAUUUGACAUGAGGCACAAAUACAUGUGCAGAAUUAAAUAAGUUGUAGUUGGCAGAACUGCAAUUAGGAAAAAAAAUAAAGAGGGAAAACCACAGACCACUUAGGAGGCAGAUGGAGUUUGCCUCUAAAAUAUUAUGCUGCUGUAGGGUGGUGUUACACUGAUAGGUACAAUUGUUCGCAUUGACAGUUGAUUAAAAUAAAAACGGACUUACAGUAUGUUGCGUGAAACAUGGUUUUGCCUAUAGAAUGUUAAGCCUCCAGCCCUCUCUAACAAUACUGUAAUGUCCCCCUGUCAUGGAGAUGGCCUACAUAAUAUGUAAAGUGAAUAAUCAUUAGAUUAUGAUUGUGAUGUUAGAGGAUAAGAGGUCCAGGGUUAGUUUUUAACUUUUGCUCCUAAACUUUUACAGUUUGCUUCCUUUUUUUAAGACAAUCAGUUGCUAGAUUGGUUCAGCUAAUCUCCACUCUGUUUUUACCCAGGUUGCACUCCUGAUUUACUGUUCUGAUUAAAAACAUGGUAUUUUUCAUGGCAUCCUGUAUGGCUGAUAGCAUAUCUGCAACUUCUGAAAUAGGAAGCACCUUUUGAAAUAUACAUUUGUGGUUUUGUGAAUUUCUGUGUUAAGUGUUUUAGUAGGAGGAAAUAUGCCUCAAUAUAGUGGCACAUGCUCCUAUGGUUUUAUGCUAUUUUAUAAGCAACCUUUUUUAGCCUACACAGAUUUUUUUCUAUAAAAAAUAGUUAAGAAAUUCUUCGUGAACAAACUAGGCUGUUUAGGUUCAUAUUUGAUUCUGUACAUAAAUCACUCUGAAAUUGGCCUUUACCCAAAUCAUGAUACUGUUUUUUAAUUAUGUAUAAAGUGUUUAUUGAACUCUCAAAAGCAUUUUGACUUGAUUGACAGCAAGAGAGUGCAUUAAUGGUGAUAAAUUCAAACAGGCACAGUAGAUAUGACUUCAGUAUUGUGUCAGCUAUUGAUUUUUUCCUGCCAUCAACUUCAAGUUGCAAGAUGGGAUCCUGCAGGCAGGUCCUCGUUUUGGAGACAGGAAUAGUAUACAUUUGAGUUGAGGGGUGGGGGGGAAGUAAGAAAAAUCUUUCCUCUUAUGUGUCUUGCCUGUAUUGACAUAACAUUUAUGUAGCUCUUUAUUAUCAAGCCAUUCAAAGCCUAUCUUACCUUUUUCACUGUUCCCCACCUCCAGUUGCAAACUUAUAUUGUCAGUAGGGACUUGUGCAUUGUAAAAUGCUAGAAAUCAAUUUGGGAUUUUCUGUAAUGUUACAUUUUUGUUAGUUGCUCAUUCACCCCCUAGUAAAUGUUGUUAUAAAGUGGAAAAACUUCAGGAAUGCCGUCUUAUUAGGCAAAUGAUCAAGUCAGUAAUGCUAUUGUGAAAGUAGCUUGUGUGAAAUGUAUGACGUGCAUUCCAGCAUAAAAGAUCCAUGGUGUAAAAAAAGACAUGGAAUAAAAAUAACAGUGCCAUUCAAUGUUUUCCAUUAACUGUAUCAAGCUUGGGCCCAUAUGGAAUAUGUAAUUUCUUUUUUGGAAGCUGGGCAUCCUAACAAAAUCUGUAUGCUUGCAAGUUGAACGAAUCGUCAACACCGAGGGUUUCUGGUUUGUGUUGGUCUUCGUUCAGAUUUGUGGUGUUUGUGUAUAAGCAAAUUAGGAGUAAGACAACGUUUGUGUGGCUUAAAAAUACUGCCUUGAAUUAAAUAUAAAAAUUGCCCAUGCACGUCCACGCUCUGAAUGCUUGGCUUUGAACUGCUAGUGCCUACCUUGAGCUAAUUUCAGCACUGCAAAAACUGUUGAUUUUCAACAUGUUUUGUAAGAACAAACUGUUCUCAUGUUGUUUUUGUUUUGGUGAGGUUAUAUCAUUUUAUCCUAAAACUGGAAAAUGCCAAUAUCCCAGUCCCUUAUUGUAGCUGAUCAGAACAUUCGCCUUGGAAAGUUUUGGGUGGGAGGGUCGUUUUGUUUUUCUUCUUACUAAACUCAGUUUCUCCAACUCAGUUGGUCGGGCAAGUUUUAUUUGCAGCAAAAUACCAGAUACUUUUUCCUCCACUACAGAAAAAGUCCAGCCUCUAUUACCACCAUUGGGGAAUAUAAGUUAUUCUUUACAUAAUUGGAGUGAGAAAAAGACCUUGGUGCAAGAGAUGAAAGAAUAUUUUUGAUCAAGUAAACCAAGAUGUUCUUAAGCAGUCUCUGUUGAAAUACAUGUCUGGUAUGUAACAGAUGCUGCACUGGCAUUGGUUGACAUUUGCUUGAUCAAUAAAUCCAUCUUAUCAAGCCCUUGAGCAUAUAGCCAAUAUGGGUCAAUCAUUUGGCCCUGAGGAUCUGCCGGUAACCUCUAUGUCCCAUAUAUCAGAUCUACCUUGAAAAGAGUUGAGGUGCAUGCGAAACAGCCAAAUUCAUCCCUGGUAUAAUUCUUACUAGUCAGUGGUGUUUCACCAGGAAUUAACUUGACCCCUUCUUCCUACCUUGAAUGUUAUUCUGAUCAGUGGUAUAAGAGUAGUGUGAAUUUUUACUGGGAGUUCUUUUAAAACAUAAUUAUUUGAACUUCUAUGAAAGUAAAAGGGUUGUCGACCCAAAAGUUCUGGGUAUCUUUGAGAAAUAAAAUUAAACAGCAAAUUACCCUCAACAGCCAACAGAACUAAACCUCCUACAAAAUUCUUCUUCCCCCCCGCUCCCCCCAAGACCUAAUCUCUAUCAAGCCCCCCCACUUUGCAGCACCCUGUACAAAUAGAUGAGCCUUUGCAGCAUUUUAGUUGAAUUAUAUCUCUUUGUGACUUAUGGGAUGUUUAUACUGAGCAGUCAGCAGACCAAAUUAAUAGGAAAACAGCCCCUUCUUUGGGAAUGUGGAAUGAAGCUCUUUCACAUUGCUUUGUUCAUCUUUGCCAUGUAAUCCUAAAAAAAGGAAGGUAUCUGACUUCAUGAUGCCCGUGGCAACAUGCUUAAUUUAAAUCAUAUUGACUACUCUAGUUUGUAGCCAGACUGACUGCUUAGCCUGAAAAUAAGCUGCAAAGAUGACAGAACUGUCUCACAAGAUGACACAUGGUUGGAGAAGACCGGUUAGGUGAGGUACUCAGCUGGUGUAAAUCAGCACAGCUCAGUUGAGGACAAUGGAGCUGUGGCAUUAGCUGAGUAUCUCGCCCAUCUGCUGAACGAUCAAAGUUUUAAGAAAGUAAUGAGUUUUCAAAACUAUUUCCAAAAGCAAAUACUAGAAAGCACACUUGUUGCUGGUGCUUCAGCGCUAUGUGAAAGGUUCAUUGAAGAGAUGAGAAGAGCUAUAGUUUCCCAGUUUGGAUAAUUCACUUCUCCCCUGGCUCAGAUGAUGGUAACUAAUUAGUUGCAGCCUGUGUAACUAAUGUAAUGAAGUAAUCCUCUUUCUCCUUCUCUCAAGAUAUUGGGUCUCCCUUUGUGAAUCCUCUUUUUGGAAUUAAAACAGACUACAUAUGAUUUGUAAGAGGCAAUGCAAGAGAAGUAGAUGGACAGUAUUUACGGGCCUGUUCUCCCAUUUGUUUUGGUGGGAGGCUACACAAUUAGAGAACUCGCCCAAAAUGGUGAUUUUUUUUUUUUUUUUAAACCGUGCAACUACAAGGUAGGAAGUUUGAAUCCAUGUGAGGUUCCACAGUGUCUCAGUCUGUCCUCUGUCUUCGUAUUUUUAUGGCUCUCCUCUUCACCAUAUCUGAGCACCUUGCACUCGUUAAUGGAUGUUAUCCCUGAUGAGGUAAGGAAACUGUUAUCCCCAUUUUACAGAUGCAAGAGCUGAGGCACAGGGAGGAUGGUGUCUUACCGAAGGUAACAUAAGCCAUGUGUGGCUGAGCUAGGAAUUGAACUCUGGGCUUCUGAGUCCAGUGCCCUGUCUGCUAAUCAUCCUUCCUAGGCUUGAGCCAAUCACUCUUUGGGUUGACAAACUCCCUGCUCCUGUAUGUUGGGGAUACUAGAUUUUUUUGGUGGAGUUUCAGCUUUCGCUCACAAUUGAGGCAGUCAGUUUUCCCUCCAUCCAAUAGAAAUUGCCAUUUCACCUACCUGAUCUUUCCCUUAGCCCAUAUUUUGCUUUACUUAAUCACUAAGGGCUUGUCUACACUGCGAAGUUGUCAACAAAACUUUUGUCUUUCACAGGUACUUCAAAAAGCGCUCCCCCCCAAAAAAGACAAAAGUUUUGCCAAUGCAAGUGGCAGUGUGAACACAGCUUUGUCGGCAGAAGCACUCUCCUGCCGACAAAGCUAAUGCUGCUUGCGGUACUGGAAGUAUUUUGUCGGCAAAAGUGCCGACAAAGUACCAAAAAAGAACGUUUACACACACUGACUUUUAGCGACAAGGCUGUGUCAACAUAGUCUUGUCACUAAAAGCUGCAUGGUGUAGACAAGCCCUAAGAUGGGUUUUACUUUCUCAUAGUGCAGUUCCCUGCCAGCAGUUGUUCAUUUUACAGGUGCUGAAUUCUUUUCUCAAAUUGGGAACUGAACAUCAGAUGUAUAUUCACACACAAGAAAAUUGCAGUGGUUUUAAGUGUGGAAAUUUGUGUAUCAGAGCACUUUUGUGUGCCUAAAAACAAGGUUCUGCAGGCCAGUUGCCAUCACACACAGUACUUGCAUGGUUUCUGAUAUGUACCUCCUUAAAAAAAAGAACACUAUAUCAUGUCUAUCUCCUGGACUUCAUAAUGUCUUCUUUGGAAAUGUACAUUUUUUUACUGGAGGGUUCUGUGUCUAUCACUGUUUAAAAUGUUGACUUUGAACAGAUCUGGACUUUAGAGAACUGAUCUAUUAAUUUCCAUUAAGCCACUACUUUUUAACACCUAAACAUUGCACAAUUAAAGGAUUACAUUUGAGAAGCAAGAUGAAUGCAUCAGUUGAGAACAAUGGUGUCUGUCGUCCUACUUGAUUUCUAUCUCUCACUCUUGCUGCUACUUUGCGUGAAGUGUUAUAGUUCCAGGAAGUAUUCAAGUAAAUUCCAGCUGUUGAUCACAUGACAGCUUGUUCCAUAGACAUAUGUUUCUCUUGCACAUGUGAUUUCUGUACUGUUUGGUCUUUGGCUAAAUCUUCCAUCACUUUCAUGUCAGUAUGUGACCAUUUAAUUCAAUAACAUUCUUUAGGAAUUGAGAGUACAAUCAGUCUUUCCUAGAUGCAGUUUUUGCCUGGUCUGUCCUGUAUUUUAGAUGUACAUUACCAUUUUUGUCCACCUGUCGAUGCGUGGUAUGUCUGUGUUCUCGAGAUGAACUAUAAUAACAUGCACUCCAUAUUAUAUUGUACCUGAUGUGACAAUCCAAGCUGUAGUCCACGUAGACUGGCUAAAUAUGACCAUGCUAUGGUUGCUCUGACAACAAAGUCUAUAAUGUUCUGUAAAGAUGGCAAAGCAGAAUGUGUGGUUUGGGUUUGUUUGUUUGUUUGUUUGUUUGUUUUUGAAGCUCUUGUGACUCCUGGUAAGUUUUUUGUUUUUCAAAACUAAGAAAUAAAAUUAGUUUAUUUUUGUUUUUUAAACUCA